AUGUUCACUACUACUCAACUCAUCUGCUCCUCUCUUCUCAUUGCGUCGCUUAUGGCCAGUCCCAUCAGCCAUUCGAGCCAUGAGAACGCGUCCGGUAAAUACGGUUACGGUGACGAGUCGCAACACGCCAAAAACUUCCACCAGAAAGCUGAGCACUCUGGACACGAGGCAAAAGAAAAGGGAUAUUCUCAAGACGGAAAAGCUUCUGACCACGACGCUCUUCACAAGGACGCCGCCGAGCACAAGCAAAACAAGGAAGCCCAUCAAUCUGGAUCAGGAAACAAGUACGUCGAUGAUGCCUCCAACUACAACAAGGAUGUGAAGACGAAGACGUUCGGAUUCUUCGACUACCGUUACGUUCAACCACAAUACCACAUGGAGCAAUACCACACUGAUGAGAAGCACGCCAACAAGUACGCUGGAGAUGAGCACAACGCUGGACAACAACACAAGGACGCCGGAGGUUACCACGCUGACGGACAUCAAGGAUACGACAAAGCCCAAGAGAAGCACGGAGCUACCCACACCGACUACGGAAACGAGGACGCCGGACACAAAUCCAAGUACGACGACAACGAGGGCAAAUACGGAGACCACACCGAUGGAUACUACAACAAGGGAUACGAUAACUACGGACACGGACACGACUCCGAGAGCUACCAACCAUCCUACUACCAACCAAAGCCAAAGUACUACGGAGGGCACCAAUCCCACUACCAACCAGCCAGACACUCCAGCCCAUACCACGGUGACCAAUACUACGGAUACGAGGCUCCACACUACUGA